AUGGCAGAUCGCUGGCUGGAGCUGCCCAAUCUGGCCCUGCAAGUGGUGGGGAUCUUACCGGAGGUCCAGAGGCCUAGCAGCAUGGUCCCUCGCUGCCAGAAGGUGGCUUACACGGCCAUUUCCCUCCUCAUCUACCUUGUCGGCAGCCAACUGCCUGUGUAUGGAUAUGGAGUCCGUUCUCCAUCGGUUGCUGACUCUCAGUACUGGGUUGACAUGCCCGACUGCAACUCCGUCAUGUCUGCUGGGAUCAUGCCCCUUGUUCUGUCUGAGGCGGUGCUUCAUUUCGUGCUGUGGUGUAAGGUUCUUAGAGCAAACAAUCCUGAGGACCGGAUGCUCCUGAGUCGGGUGCAGAAGUUGGUUGGGAUAAUUUUUGCCGCUGAUUUCUCAGUCUGCAGGGUGCUAAUUUCACCUAUCUUGGGCAAACUGACCUUAGGGCAGUCAAUUCUGAUCGUGCUUCAGCAUUUCUUUGGAAGUGUCAUCGUCAUUUAUCUUGAUGAUCUCCUUAAAAAGGGAUAUGGGUUUCUUUCGAGUAUCCCCUUGUUCAGUGCCACCGACAUUUGUACAAGUAUUUUCUGGAAAGCUUUUAGCCCCUGUAUCAUAAAGCUAUACGGUGGGCAGCAUGGUGAUCAACAUGGGGAAGCUCUCACUUCCUCCCUUAUUCAUCGAUUCGUUGGUAAUGGAAACUACAAAUUGUCUUCGAUGCAUAAAGUGUACGGAUGUCGAGACCUCCCGGAGAUGGCUAGUGUGCUUUCCACGUGCGCCUUCUUUCUACUCGUCCUCAGCCUGCAAGGCUUCCAUGCCACGUUGCCACUGAGAUCCAGUGAGGUGCCUAGUAUGCAAAUGAACUAUGCCAUCAAGCUUUCCUACCUGUCCUUUGCACCCCUACUCUUCCAGGAUGUAAUGGCCAUAUUCCUAUACAUCAUCUCAGAGUUGGUGUACGUGAAGUUUGGUGAAAAGAACAAGGUGGUCAUUUUGCUGGGCAAAUGGAAGAAAUCCAGAUAUUUUGGGCAAGCAGUUCCAGUCAGUGGCUUAGCCUACUACGUUACUACACCACCAACCUUCUGGGGUGUGGCCUUACGUCAUUUUCCCUUUUCAGUGCGUUGGCAGGUUGCUUGGGGAGCGACGAAAUGUAACAGUCGCCCAGCCGGACUCUGUUCCUCUGCAGCUAUGGAGGUGCUAUGUAGGCAAGGCAGCGUUUCUUGUAGGACUCUGCAUUGGUGCACUUACGCUUCUGGCAGACCUUGCUGGCGUGGUCGGCUCUGGCACCGGGAUCAUGUUCGCCCUCACUGUCUUGUACUCGUGCUUGGAAGAGACCAGUUAUAG